AUGUUGCUUGUUCACUUUACUGCAUACGUUGCAGCAGUAGUGGUUUCAACUUGGGCAUCGACAAUUGAUGUCGGUUUAGAGGCAUCAUGGAAGAGUACGUCAUUUCAAUUGAACUUAUUGGAAAGUGCUGCUCAAUUAAAUGAGGAACUCUACUUUUCCACUAUCGAGUAUAUUACUGGAAUAAACGAAGAUGAGGACGCUGAUGACUUUGAUGAAGACCAAAAAGUGUCAGAUAAGAUGCUUUUUGAUCACGUUAAGUUGAAGUUAGACUCUUCUUCCUUAGCAUUUCUUAAUUUUUCAACUAUCUAUAAAGUGAACUCUCCGAGGAUCCAGGCUCAUUACGAUUACUUUUCCAGUAAUCCCGAAUUACUUGAAAGAGUCAAGUCGGAAUGUUCUACUGACUCCUUUGGCAAUCGCAUAUUGACAGAAUCUUCUCCAAAUCCUGAAGCAUUCUUGCUCUUAAAUAACAAGAUCUACUGCUCUCCAGAUGAAGUGUUUGCAUUGCAGACCGAUUCGGUUAAGCAAGACUCAAUUGAAUUACUUCCUUUUGACAGAAUUUAUGGUGCAAAUAGUGAUUCGCCACUUCUGGUAUUAUAUGGGGACAUUGAAUCUGAAUUUUUUAGGAAGUUGUUGAAGAAUAUGUUAUUGUCCGCCAAGUCAGGAAAGUUAAGAUUCAUCUGGAGAUAUAUAAGCUCGAAGGACGAAGCUGAUCGUCCCUUUGAAACAUUGGCAGGUUAUGGAAUCGACUUGUCGUUAAAAAGAACAGACUAUAUUGCUAUCGAUGAUAGAGAUGGAACAGAACCUACUGGCGAAGCAGAGAAAAUACACUUGACGAAAGAACAAUCUUCCCAAUUAGGAGAAAGCUUAACUCGGAAAUUACUUCAAAAUCCUUCUUAUACCAUCCUACGUGAAUAUUUGGAAAAUUUCCCUAGCAGAAUAUCAGAAAUUGCUUAUUUGAGCGUGGAUAAUGAUGAAGUUAAGACUAAUAUCCUUGCUAAUGAGAAAAUUGGAUUGUCAUCGGACUCAAUUGGGUUAUAUGUCAAUGGAGCUCCAAUUCACAGAUUGGAACUAGAUUCCUUCUCGUUGGUCAAGAAAAUUAAAGUAGAACUUGAUAUAAUUAACCAGUUGAUGAGUCUUGGUUUCUCCAUCAAACAAAGCAAAUUGCUAGUAUCGAAAUUUUCUUUAUUGAGUGCAGUAAAACAAGCACAGUACUAUCAAGGUAACACAAUGAUGGGUAAUAACGAAAAUAGAUAUAAGUUAUAUCAACAUAAAUUUGAAUCCAGCUCUAAUUUCGGAUCAGGUGGAGUGGUAUACUUCAAUGACAUAGAAGAAGAUGAUGCUUAUAGUGAUUACCCUGUAGAUAGAAUUGAGGCAUAUUCAGGAGAAACUUUCAGAAAGUUGAAGCAAGGACAAAUUCCACCAUUAAAAGAAAAUAUUCACGAAUUGAUUUUUGCCAUAGAUAUACUUGAUAAGGAGCAUCUCAAGAUAUUCUUUUCCUUGUCUAAGUUAAUCUUGGAUAGGUCAUUGCCACAACAAUUGGCAAUUUUGCCAUUAUCUCUCUCAGCUUCGCAAAGUUCACUUGAAAGAGACUUAAUUGAAUCUUUCUACUUUGUUACAAGUUCUGGUAGUCCAAAAGAAGGAUUGGCAUUUUUGUAUAAAUACCUCGAAAGUAAGUCAGAUGAAGAAACUAAUGAGUUGAUAUCAGAGAUCAAAGAGAAGAUUCCCGAAAGCUUUGAAUUCAAGCCUGUUCACAAAACUACGCAAGAUGUAUUUUCAAUCGAUCAAGCAUCGGUGAUUAUUAAUGGAGUCAUAACAUCUUUAAGUUCACCAAAUUGGCAAAACUUCAUUGGAAAGCAAAUCGUGCAAGAUGUAACAAUAAUCCAAAAGCAAUUAAAAUUAAAUAAUAAGAUCUCGCUGUUGAAGUCUCUCUUGUAUGAUCAAGCUGGAACAAAAAGAAACUCAAGAAUUGUUCCUAGUGAUUUAUCGACCUUGAAGUAUAAAUUGAUAACCGAAGAGCUUUUGAAAGAAUCCAUACUUAUUAAGAGGAAAGACCUUAAUGCUUAUCGUCAAGUUAAACCAUUCUGGUUAAUUGGAAAUUUCAAUAAGUCAAAGCUUCAAAAGCAGUUAAUUACUUUUUUGAAAUUAAUUAAGAAGGAUAGAAAUGUUCAAUUGAGAAUAAUAAAUGUGAGUAAUGAGGACAUCUUCAGUGGUCUCGAUUUGAGUCAGUUAGCAGAGUCAGAAAUAGAUGAUGUGAUCUCAAAAAUAGAGAGCUUUUCAAAAUCUUCCCUAUCAGAUGAAGUAAACAUAGAUAAGUCUAAAUUGUUGGCAGACAACAAAUUUCCACUGUCCCUUUCAUUCGUGCUUUACAACUCAAGAUUUUUGAGACUUGAUGAAUUGCUUGAUGAAGAUGAAUUGCUUCAAGUCAUGAAAUUUGAAUCGGUUCAACGAAUUGGAAUCAUUGAAGAAUUACCACUUCUGUAUUCAAGUGUUUUCGAUGGGAAAACUUUAAUUGAUAUUUUCAAAGCUAGUAACACGAAAUUUUCAAUUUCAGACUGGUUCGACUUAGUGACUUCUAUCAUUACCAAAUCUUUCUUUGUCGAUGAGACCUUAUAUUUGAAUGAUGUUUCAAGGUAUGAUUUUAACAUGUUGAAUCAAGGAAAUUCAUUAGUAGUGAGCAAGAAUACAAACUUGGACCCCAAAGUUGAGAUUCUUCUCAUCAUAGACCCAAUUGAUGAAUUUGCUCAGUUGGCUGUCUCAUUGCUAAAUUCUGUUUUAGAUUUUGAAUUUAUAAACAUCAAGAUCUUAUUACAACCUAACUUGAUUGCAAGAGACGAUGAAUCAAGAAUCAACAUCAAUAGAAUUUUUAGUGGAGUAUAUCCAAGUUCUGUUGUCACUUUCGAAGAUAAUGGUAGAGUAAAAUCUUUUGAAAAGUCUCCUGUCACCAUCCCCAAAGAAACCCUACUCACAAGCGAAUUAAUAGUACCUUCCAACUGGAUAACUGUGAUCAAAAGUGAACCAAUUGGUGUUGACCUUGACAAUAUAAAGUUGGCGACCGACGAAAAGAAUAUUACAGCUAAAUACGAAUUGAAAAACUUAUUAAUUGAAGGGUUUGCUAAAGAAACCAUAACUGCAAACUCACCUACUGGAAUGUGGUUAGAAAUUAAUAAGUCUACAGGUAAAGAUUCGUGGCUGAAUAAAGAUACAACAGUUAUGUCAACUUUAGGCUAUUUUCAAUUGCAAGGAACUCCAGGGUUGUGGAACUUGAGAAUAAAGCCAGAAUCAAGCAGUGCUGAAUACUAUCUGCUUUUAUCAGCAAGCCUAAAUGCAUUUGAUUAUAAUUCCAAACCUGUCACAUCUGUUUCGACUCCAAUCUUUUCCUUGAGAGGUAGUGAUAUUAGAGUUAGAGUUACAAAAAACGCGGGAUACGAAGAUAAAGCGUUGCUUGAUGCUCCAGACUCCAAUAAGAAUGAUAAGUUGAAAAAGAAGAAGAAAAGUGGAUUCUUCAGUAGUCUGAAUAAAGAUGAAGUAGAAAAGGUUGCUGAUAUCAAUAUCUUUUCAAUUGUGAGCGGCCAUUUGUACGAAAGAUUUUUAAGUAUCAUGACAGCUUCAGUUAGGGCACACACUGACCAGACAGUUAAAUUCUGGAUCAUUGAAAAUUACAUUUCUCUGAACUUUAAAAGCUUACUUCCAUAUUUAUCCCAUAAGUAUGGGUUUGAGUACGAGCUUAUUACGUAUAAGUGGCCAAAGUGGUUGCGUCAACAAAGAGAAAAACAGAGGACAAUUUGGGGUUACAAAAUUUUAUUCCUAGAUGUAAUAUUCCCACAAGAACUUGAUAAGGUUAUAUUCGUCGACGCUGAUCAAAUAGUAAGAACAGAUAUGAAGGAAUUGGUAGAUGAAGAUCUUGAUGGCAAAGUUUAUGGAUUCACACCAAUGUGUGAAUCCCGAGAAGAGAUGGAAGGUUUUAGAUUCUGGAAACAGGGCUACUGGAAGAAAGUACUUGGUGAUCAAUUGAAGUAUCAUAUAAGUGCACUUUUUGUCGUGGACUUGAAGGAGUUUAAAAAGAGCCAAGCUGGUAACAAAUUGAGGUCACAUUAUCAGAAGCUUUCCUCAGAUCUGAGUUCAUUGGCUAAUUUGGAUCAAGAUUUGCCCAACAACUUACAGAGGAUGAUUCCUAUCCACAGCCUUAGCCAAGAUUGGUUAUGGUGUGAAACAUGGUGUGCUGAUGAAGGUAUCAAGAGGGCGAAGACCAUUGAUUUGUGCAACAAUCCAUUGACCAAGGAACCCAAGUUGGAGAGAGCGAAGAGACAAAUCCCAGAAUGGGUAAAAUACGACGACGAAGUUAGUGCAUUGGUAGAAAAGAUGAGAGAAGAUAUGAAAGAGCAAGAAUUGAAAGAGAAGUUGGAGCAAGAAGAGAGAAAAAGGAAGGAGGACGAGAGAAGGGAUCAAGCUAGUGAUGACACCGAUGCCAAUAAUGAAAUAGACAACCUAUUUUCCUAUGAGGACGACGAUGAUGGCUACUACGAUGAGUUGUAG